GUCAGCUUUCCUGUCUCCGGCCUGUUUGAAGAUGGCGGUGCAGAUCUCUAAAAAGAGGAAGUUUGUUUCAGAUGGCAUCUUCAAGGCUGAGUUGAAUGAGUUCCUGACUCGUGAACUUGCAGAGGACGGAUACUCUGGUGUGGAGGUGCGUGUAACGCCAACGAGGACAGAGAUCAUUAUUCUGGCCACAAGGACCCAGAAUGUCUUGGGAGAGAAAGGCCGUCGGAUCAGAGAGCUGACCGCUGUGGUCCAGAAGAGGUUUGGCUUCCCUGAGGGCAGUGUGGAGCUGUAUGCUGAGAAAGUUGCCACUCGCGGUCUGUGUGCCAUCGCUCAGGCAGAGUCUCUGCGCUACAAACUCCUGGGAGGUCUGGCCGUCAGAAGGGCAUGUUACGGUGUUCUGAGGUUCAUCAUGGAGAGCGGGGCCAAAGGCUGUGAGGUCGUGGUCUCGGGCAAGUUGAGGGGUCAGAGGGCCAAGUCCAUGAAGUUUGUUGACGGUUUGAUGAUUCACAGCGGAGAUCCCGGACGAGCCCCCAAGUCAAUAUAUGACCAAGGGUUCACUGAGGCAGUACAUGUUCAGGAUGAAGAGCAGUGA